GUAUUUCCUUCUUAUUUUUACUCUGCAUCUUAUCACCAUGUCUAUCACGGAAAGUAUCUUCCCUCUCCCUGGCGUGCAGCACGGAAAGCGGAUCAUCGCUUCUGUGAUCGAGGCGAGAGCGAAAAAGGAUGAUGAUGCCCCCUGGGUCUCUCUGCCCAUCGACGACGAGAACAUGUCACUGGGCUUCAAAGACAUUUCUUUUCGAACUUUCAAUAAUGCAGCCAACCACGCCGCUCACUGGCUCCGACAAAACCUCCCCGAAACCACGGAGCCAUUCCAGAAAUUCGCCUAUGCUGGACCGAAAGACCUUCGCUAUCCAAUCCUGGCAGUCGCCGCCGCGAAACUGCAAAAAGUGCUUAUCCUCCCCUCCCCGCUGGUAACGGCGGAAGCACAACGCCGCAUUCUGGAGUCACAAAAGUGCACCGUGUACCUGCGUCCAUCGACCAUGAAAGCUCAGGUAGAUGCGAUUCUGCAUGAUGCACCCCACAUCCAGACAAUCGACAUCCCAGACCUUGAACAGUUCCUUAAAGUGACCGAAUCAGAGCCCGUCACAUACAGCAAAACAUGGGACGAGGGCAAAAACGACCCGUGGCUGGUGUUCCACACCUCGGGGACGACCGGAAACCCCAAGCCGGUGACCUGGACGCACCGGAUGAUGGCCUCGAUCGACAUGAUGGCAGCCGCCCCGAACAUCAAGGACAGCAUGGUUCACCGCGCCGCCAACCACCGACUCUUCACCCCGAUCCCCUCACUCCACCUAACCGGAAUGAUGCUCAUCCUCGCCACAACAACCUACGUAAACAUGACCGCCGUCCUCGGCCCAUCCACAGCCCUCACCCCGGCCACCGUGAUCUCUGUCUUCCAAAACGCCCACAUAGACGGCACCCUCCUCCCACCAGCCCUAAUCGACGGCCUCUGCCUGUCAGAAGCCGGACUAGCUGCCCUCCGCAGUCUCAGCUUCCUGAUGUACACCGGGGCCCCGUUAGCCGCCAAAUCCGCCGCGCUGCUGACCCCCUACAUCCCCGUGGUUAUUAACGGAGUGGGCACCACCGAAGCAGGGGGAUACUUCGCGACGCACCACGAGCACCGCGACGCCGACGCGUACCUGUGGCUAUCGUUUGCGCAGCAGAAGGGCGCAACGUUCGAGCCCCGCACCGCCGACGGGCUGCACGAGCUGGUGUUCGUCCGCGAUGAUCCCGCCACAAUCGCCAAGAAUGUAGAUCUAGAUGCAGACGACGAACCCGUCAUCUUCCAGACCUACCCGCAUCUCACGCGGUUCGAGACCCACGACCUCUGGCGCCCGCACCCCGUCCACAGGGACCUGUGGCAGAUCGUCGGCCGCACGGAUGACUACGUGCCCCUCUCGCAUAGUGAUGGGCUGCAUGCUUCGUCGCUGGAGCCGGAGAUCACGGCCCAUCCUGCUGUCAGGGCGGCGUUGAUCGGGGGCCAUGGGCGGGCCAAGCCGGUGCUGCUGGUGCAGUUGGUGGAGGGGAUGACGGCGUCGGAGUUUGAGGUCGAGAGUCUCCGGCCCUAUGUGGACAAGGUGAACGCGCGGGUUCACGAGUGUGUGCGGUUGGAGAUGGGGCGGGUGAUUGUGGCCAGCGAGGAGAAACCGUUUCUGUACACGGCGAAGCAGAGUGUCGCGCGGAUGCAGAGUUUGGGGCUGUAUGAGGCGGAGAUUGAGGCGUUGGAGGAGUAGGGUUGUUCUGAUGCUUUCUCGGGGGUAUGAGGUUGUGGGGACUGUGCUGGAUAUGUUGACAUUAUGGAAGGUGGUAAGGACUAUUGUUCCCGUCUUUCCCGUAGCAGCAGCAGACUUCAUGGGUCAUCAAUGGAAUAUACAUAUUUAUC